CUUUCCUUGUUACUCAAUCUCUCUUUUUUCCAAGCGAGAAGAAAAGGCAGCACAGGUGGCCGGGAUGGAUGGGGUGGAGUACAGAGAAUCAAAGGAAGUGAACGUGGGAAACCGAACAAGAGGGAGGAGUAGUUAUGAUUUAAUUCUGAGGGUUUUGGCGUUGGUGCUCACUUUGGCGGCCGCUAUUCUUCUUGGGGUGGACAAGCAGACUAAGGGUUCGCAAACUGCUAAGUGGCAUUACGUGUCUGCCUUCGUGUAUUUUGUGGUGGCCAAUGCUACUGUAUCUUCAUACGCAGCCCUCUCUCUAGUCCUUUUAUUCACAGGCACGGGUGCAAACCGCGUCUUAAAGUUGGUGAUCUUCGUCGUCGAUACGCUAAUGGUGGCAUUGCUCUUCUCCGGCAUUGGAGCCACCACCGCAGUCGGCUUAAUUGGCUUCCAAGGGAAUUCUCACCUCGGGUGGGGAAAAGUGUGUAACGUGUUUGAUAAAUUUUGCCAUCAAGUGUUAGGAUCUGUUGCGCUUUCUGUGUUUGGAUCACUAGCAUUUAUCUUGAUAGUUGUCUUCUCUGCUUUGAGAGACAACUGAAAAUCCUAGGGUAAAAUGGUCAAGUAUGUAUUAAUAACAAUAUUAUAAGGCUCCCUAAUAAUGUUAUGUCCUGCAUUUGUAUCAAAUAAAUUGAAUGAGUUUCUGAAUC